UUACGGUUUGUUCAUGUCUCUUGUGUCUCUACAGUUCUGGUUUGUAGUAUUUUGAAUGCGUACGAAAAAAAUAUAUUUAUCUGAAAAUUAAGACGAAGCAAUGUGAAAACAGAAACUUAGAACAAGCAUCGUACAAUUUUCCAUCAUCUGAAAAUAAUUMUAUUUUUUUAUUCGUGCCAGCACCACCUGAGUGAAAUAUGAAUUCGUUUUAAAAAUUAAAAAAAAAAAAUUAAAAUUGUGCAUAUGUUUUGUUUAUAUUUACAUACAGUCAUACGUUUGUACGUUUAUUCCUUCUUGAUAUCGGUAGAUAACUCCAUAAGCAAAUAAUAACAGCAAAAACAACUAAUGACCACAGGCUGCUUCGAAAUACUUCCUGCCACAGUUUGGUUGCACAUAUGUGUAUAUAUGUAUAAAUAAUGGAGUGUGUUAAUCCAAAAUAAAUAUUUACGCACAUUAGAAAAUAUUUUUUUGUUCAAAGGUGCAAAAUUUCGAGUGCUUGAUUUUUCUAGAUUGAGGUAGUGAAAACAAAUAACUCUCCCCAAAUUAUUGCUUCAUGAAUUCAAAAAGUUUAUUGACCUAUCAACGCCUUGCUGAGUUUUAAAUUUAUUUCCAGCCGCAUACAAGUUUCUGUAUGUUUGUUUACGCAAUAGUGUAAAACCUUAAACGAAACAUAAUCAUAAAUUUAAAUUAAAUUAAAGCUACUGUCCAAAAUUAAAACUAUUCACAUCACAAUGGUUUUCUCGAUAUGCCGAUUAUAAUAAUUAUUGUAGGACGGUCGAAUAAACAUAUAAAGCUCAUCUAACGGUUAAUUUGUCAAAUAUCAAAUGAAAUUUAGCGCCUUCUAGCAUAGUAUAAGUCUAACCAAGGUCUAUUGAGAGAGAUCUGUUGAUUCAAGAAAAUAACAUGAGUAGUUUAAGACCGACAAGCUUAUCAGACGCCGCGUUAUUACAACGCCUGGAUAGCUUAAGCAGUAACAGUGAGCCGUCGUCUCCGACUUCCCAGGUAGGUGUGGUACAAACCACUGUGACUUUUGCACCGGCGCCAACCAAAAACAAUUUUUCGACAAAACCAUUGCCAAUUACAAUCAGUAACUCUCAAUAUAAAAACAACAAUAAUAACGUGUCUGUGCCGUUUAAUGAUUACUUAAAUGGGAGCGAUAAUGCUCCGAGUGAGCCAGUAAAUGCAGAAAAUAUUGAUUCUAAAAAAGGUAUAAGUAUAAUUUGCUGUCGCAUUAUUUCGGACUUCCUCAUUCUGGGUUGUGUUGCAUUACCAGUGUUGGCAUUUCAUCUUUGGGGCACACCAUAUAAACGCGGAUUUUUCUGUGGCGAUAAAUCUUUGAAACAUCCAUUCAAAAAAAAUACUGUGGACAAUUGGAUGCUAUUUCUGAUGUGUUUCGUAAUUCCAAUAUCAUUAAUCACCACAGUCGAGUUUUUUCUCUCCCACUACAAUAGAACCCAUGGACUCUGUAAUGUGACCUUCCAGCGUUACUUUUUUUGUGGGUUGGAAAUCGCUGACUGGAUCGUGGAGAGUUACAAAAAAAUUGGACUAUUAAUUUUUGGAUCCGGAGUGGGUCAAUUGACUAUGGAUAUUGCUAAGUAUUCAAUUGGACGUUUACGGCCACAUUUCUUUGCAGUUUGUCAACCCGCCAUGACGGAUGGUAGUACUUGCAAUGACAGUGUAAAUGCUGACCGUUAUAUUGAGGAAUUCAUUUGCACUGGCAAUGCCACGCCCCGUAUGCUUAAGCAAAUGAGCUUAUCUUUUCCCAGCGGUCAUUCGAGCUUCGCCUGCUUCGCUAUGGUAUACAUUACGGUUUAUUUAGAAAAACGUAUGACUUGGGAACGGUGCAAAAUGGUGAAGCACUUCAUUCAAUUUUUACUUCUUAUGUUCGCUUGGUAUACGGGGUUAACACGUAUCUCCGAUAACCAGCACCAUACAACGGAUGUACUUGCGGGAUCUGCGAUUGGGGCGUUUUACGCUAUUGUGUUGAUACGAACAAUGUGGUGACCAAAGAUUCAAAUACUCACCUCCGAUGGAACCAUCAUCACAGCCUGCGGAACUAGAAAUCCCUAACAUUUGCAAAAUAAUUUAUUUUAAUACAUACUUACAUAUAUACUUUUACAUAAAAUAAAUCAAAUAAAAUUAA